AUGGUUUUAUGUUUAUCAAUAGGCCAAGUUCUGGUAGAAAUUUCAAGAACACACAAGAAACUCAAUGACAGCCUAGAGGAGAGUUUCAAAAAAUUUCAUAAAGAAAUAAUAUCUGAACUGGAGAAGAAAACAGACCUGGAUGUGAAAUACAUGAAUGCAACUUUAAAGAGGUACCAAACUGAACACAGAAGCAAAUUAGAUUCUUUAGAGAAGUCUCAGGCUGAGCUGAAAAAGAUCAGGAGGAAAAGCCAAGGAGCACGAAAUGUACUGAAAUAUGAGCACAAAGAAAUGGAGUAUUUGGAAACAGUGAGCUCUCGACAGAGUGACAUUCAGAGGUUUAUUGCAGAAGGCUGCAGAGAAGCUCUCCUUGAAGAAAAAAGAAGAUUCUGUUUUCUGGUUGACAAGCACUGCAGCUUUACCCAGCACAUGCACUUCUAUCACAUUCAGUGUGCGGACUUCCUGAAAUCCAAGCUGCCUGGGUGGCAGGAGAUCUGCAGUGAUGCUACCAAAGUGCCUGAAAAAGUCAGAAUGAUGAUAGAUGAAAUAAGGACACCUGGUUCCACCCCAGUAUCAGGAACUCCACUGCCUUCACCAAUGAUAGAGAGAAAUACCCUGAUUGGACAUGAUUUUUAUCCUCACAAUGAGAAUGCAGCGAAGGUGCCCCCUGCUCCGACAGGCAGGGCCUACACUAGCCCUCUAGUGGAUAUGUUCAACAACCCUGCAACAGCUCCCAAGGCAUCUUCUGAAAAGCUAAAUAAUUCAGCAGAGAGUUCAGAUGAUGCCAGUUUAUCACGUUCAACUUCUGUUGCCACAGGACUAAAUAUAAUGAAAAGGCAAAAAGUAAAGACAAUCUUCCCACAUACUGCUGGAAGCAACAAGACGUUGCUUAGCUUUGCACAGGGGGAUAUCAUCACCCUUCUUGUAGCUGAGGAAAAGGAUGGCUGGCUUUACGGGGAACACGAGACAACCAAAGUAAAAGGAUGGUUUCCAUCAUCGUAUACGAGACCACUGGAAGAACCAGCAGAAGAAAAAGCAUUUGCCCCAGUGCCAAGCCCUACACCAAUCCGAAGUAUUAGUUCUGUAAAUCUUGUGGAAAAAGGUGAUGUUGUCCUCCCACCACCAGACUACCUGGGGUCUUUGCAAACAGAGAAGAGAAUGGAGCCUUCCAAAGGUGCUGCUGUUAAAACACCUACUGACAGACCAGAAAACGCUGGCCCGAAACCUGACAUGAAUGGCAUUAUAAAACCACCUUUUCUAAGUGGAGAAAAUCCUUUUGCAACUGUGAAACUCAGACCAACAGUAACAAAUGACAGAUCAGCACCGAUUAUCCGAUGA